AUGGAUUUGGACCAGUGGAUAGUGAAGGUGAAAGAAGGUCAACACUUGUCUGAAGAUGAGCUUCAGCUCCUCUGCGAAUACGUAAAGGAGAUAUUGAUUGAGGAGUCAAAUGUUCAGCCUGUGAAUAGUCCAGUUACAGUAUGUGGGGACAUCCAUGGACAGUUUCAUGAUUUGAUGAAACUCUUCCAGACUGGAGGUCAUGUACCGGAGACAAAUUACAUAUUUAUGGGAGAUUUUGUUGACCGUGGUUACAAUAGCCUAGAAGUUUUCACCAUUCUUUUGCUUCUCAAAGCAAGAUACCCAGCUAACAUCACUCUCCUACGUGGAAAUCAUGAAAGCAGGCAAUUGACUCAGGUGUAUGGAUUUUAUGAUGAAUGUCAAAGGAAGUAUGGGAAUGCAAAUGCCUGGCGGUAUUGUACAGAUGUUUUUGACUAUCUAACUCUGUCAGCAAUUAUAGAUGGAACGGUACUUUGUGUGCACGGUGGGCUAUCCCCAGACGUUAGAACUAUUGAUCAGAUUCGAGUCAUUGAACGGAACUGUGAAAUCCCCCAUGAAGGGCCUUUCUGUGACCUAAUGUGGAGUGAUCCUGAAGAUAUUGAGACAUGGGCUGUGAGCCCUAGAGGAGCAGGCUGGCUUUUUGGGUCCAGGGUUACUUCUGAGUUCAAUCACAUUAACAAACUCGAUCUAGUUUGCCGAGCCCACCAACUUGUACAAGAAGGUCUGAAGUACAUGUUUCAAGAUAAAGGACUUGUAACUGUGUGGUCUGCUCCAAAUUAUUGUUACCGUUGCGGAAAUGUUGCCUCGAUAUUAAGCUUCAACGAGAAUAUGGAGAGAGAGGUGAAGUUCUUCACAGAGACUGAGGAAAACAACCAGAUGCGAGGACCCAGGACUGGACAAGUAAGCAUCUAUGAAGGCCUAAAUAUGGAAGCGGUGUCUCUCAACAGUGAGCCAAUUUUUGGGGAGGGUGAAGAUUUCGAAGAUGGAGACUGUGCCACACCUGAAUAUGACAACGAAGUUCACAAAUCACAGUUUAAAAAAGAACCUUUGCCUCCCACGAUCGGUUUGGAGUUCGAGUCUUUUGAGGAAGCUUAUGACUUCUACAAUGUCUAUGCCAAGGAUCAAGGAUUUGGCAUCAGAGUUAGCAACUCAUGGUUCCGAUCAAAAAGAAGGGAGAGGUAUAGAGCAAAACUCAGCUGCAGCAGUGCAGGUUUCAAGAAAAAAAGUGAAGCAAACAAUCCGAGGCCAGAAACAAGAACAGGGUGUCCUGCAAUGACAAUCAUAAAGCUUGUGGAUGCUAAAAGGUGGAGAAUAGUAGAAGUUGAGCUCGAACACAACCAUCCAGUGAACCCAGAGAUCAAACGUUUUUAUAAGUCGCACAAAAAGAUGUUUCUCGCUUCCAAGAAAGCACAGCAGUCUGAACCUGUCAAAGAAAUACAGACUAUUAAGUUAUACCAGACAGCUGUUAUAGAUGCUUCAUGUAGUGGACACAUCAAGACAGAUGCUCUUCAAAGGAAGCAUUUGAAAGAAGCAAUGGGGGAUUUUGAGUCCAGAAACUCAUGCUUUGAGUUAAAAACAAAAUGCAAUUUUGAAUUGCAGCUCUCCAAGGUUUAUACAAAGGAAAUAUUUAAUAAAUUCCAAAUUGAAGUUGAGGGGAUGUAUUCUUGCUUUAACACAAGGCAAGUGAAUGCUAAUGGACCAAUACUGACAUUUGUCGUCAAAGAAAGGAUCGAGGUUGAGGGAAAUGAGAAGGAGGUUAGGCAUUAUGAGGUUCUGUAUGAGACAACUCAAAUGGAAAUACGUUGCAUUUGUAGUUUGUUCAAUUUGAAAGGUUAUUUAUGCCGGCAUGCCUUGAAUGUCUUGAAUUAUAAUGGUGUAGAAGAAAUCCCUUCAGAAUACAUUCUGCGACGGUGGAGUAAAGACUAUAAGCGCAGUUUCCACAUAGAUAAUGGACUCAGUGAUUCUGAUGUGGAUGUUCCUGUUCAAUGGUAUAAUCUUUUGUGUAGACAUGGCAUUCAAGUUGUUGAAGAAGGGGCACAGUCUAAAGAACAUUAUCAGGCUGUAAUGCAAGAAUUGGAUGGGUUGUUGACUAAAUUUACUGUUGUAGAAGAAAGUUUUAUGAAUUCAAUUUUAACGCCCAAUUCUCUCGUCUACCCUGAUGUAGUGCUCUUCUUCGGGAGGUCCAUGUGUCGAGCACUUCGAGCUAAAAAUAAGCUCGGUUUUGUCAAUGACUGUAGCUGUGGACCUUCAUCUUGGACCUGA